UGUGUGUGUUAUUGAAAUUUACAAAACUUCACACCCUAGGCAGGCCGGGGAUCUCAUCAAUCCCAAGCUUCUUUGCUAAUUGUAACAACUGUCGAUUCGAGGUCGCAACCUAGUUAGAGCAGAGUUAUGGAUUUCUUGAAUUGUAUAAUAGGUCUUUGUUUUGCCUGGAUCACCAGCCAAGCGUUCUAUCGUUUUGCAAGAAGAAGCAAAGCUAUACCCAGAAAGCUUCUUCCACCAGGACCAAAGCCAUUUCCACUGGUUGGGAAUCUGUUUGAGCUUGGAGACAAACCCCACCUCUCACUUACUAAUCUUUCCCAACGCUAUGGCCCCAUCAUAAGUUUGCAACUCGGCCGAUUAACCACAGUAGUCAUCUCUUCACCAACUCUGGCAAAAGAAAUCCUCCGAACCCAUGACCAAGUCUUCUGCAACCGACCCAUCCGAGAUGGAAUCCACGCCUGCAAACACAGCGAGUACAGCAUGGCCUGGAUUCCUGUAUCAGCAAGAUGGAGAAAUCUUCGCAAAAUAUGCAACUUGCAAUUGUUUUCCCCCAAAGUUCUUGAUGCCAACCAAGCCAACCGACGCGUAAAGGUGCAAAAGCUCAUCGAUAAUGUCAAUGAAAGCAUGAGGGCUGGUGAGGCAGUAGAUAUCGGAAGGGCUGCAUUUACAACCGCGCUCAAUUUGUUGUCGCAGACUAUCUUCUCUGUGGAUUUAGCUGACCCCAGUAGUGAGACAGCUAGGGAGUUCAAGGAGACUGUUUGCAGUAUGUUUGAAGAGACAGGGAAACCAAACUUGGCAGACUAUUUUCCUUUGCUUAGGAAGCUUGACCCCCAACGCAUAAGGUGGCGCUUGACCUAUCACUACCAGAAAAUGAUAGAGAUCUUUGAUCGAAUGAUCCAUCAAAGGCAGGAAUCAAGAAAAGGGGACAGUUAUAUCACAACCAAUGAUAUGUUGGAUACACUUUUGAACAUCCGUAAAGAGAAAAUGGAGGAUAUGGACAUGCUCGAAACACAACAUUUGUUCCUGGAUUUAUUUGCUGCCGGCACGGACACAAGUUCAGCCACAUUGGAAUGGGCAAUGGCCGAGCUACUACGCAACCCAAAAAUUCUUUCAGAAGCUCAAGCGGAACUCCAGCAAGUGAUUGGAAAGGGGAAAGUAGUUGAGGAAUCAGACAUUGCUCGACUCCCUUACUUACAAGCAAUAAUCAAAGAAACAUUUCGGGUGCACCCAACAGUUCCAUUGCUACUUCCCCGGAAAGCAGAAGCAAACAUAGAAAUUGGCGGGUAUGUAAUCCCGAAGGGUGCUCAAGUUCUAAUAAAUGUUUGGGCCAUUGGUAGAGACCCUAUCACUUGGGAAAACCCAAAUCUGUUUAAGCCGGAGAGGUUCUUGGGAUUAGAAAAUCAAAUUGAUGUUAUGGGAAAAAACUUCGAGCUUACUCCGUUUGGUGGUGGGAGAAGAAUAUGUCCCGGACUUCCAUUGGCAAUAAGAAUGUUACACUUGAUGUUGGGUUCACUAAUUAACUGCUUUGAUUGGAACCUUGAAGAUGGAGUUGUACCCGAGACUAUGAAUAUGGCAGAGAAGUUUGGCCUUACCCUACAAAUGGCACAGCCACUAAGAGUUGUGCCCAAGAAGUCGUAGGAGAAGCAUUACCUACAUAUUCGCUUCGGAUUUGUAUUUUUGCUUGGCUCCUUGUAGUUUACAUUUCACCUCGUUUGUGUGUGUGUGUGUUUUUUCCCUUCUUCUUCUUCUUCUUUUGAAGGAAUGUACGUUGGAAUCAAGUCUAGCUCAGACAACUCUGGUUGGUCUGGGACAGUUGGACGUAAAACAAGAAGAAUUGAGAACCUGAAGGAAAAAAAAAAGUGUCAUUCUGUUAGAAUACACUCCUAAAUAAUGAAAAAAAAAUCAAUUUGUUGGA